AAAGAUUUGGUGCAGGCAUAACUUGCAGUCAAAGCUAAGGUAAUGGCUGAGCAUGGAAUCUCUGCCAAAUAUCAAUUACACACCCAAAAUAUGCCCCCCCUCCCCCUCCUUUUGUUUAAAUAAUUCUGCAUCAUCUAUCUAAUAAUCUCAACCUUUCCGAUUCUCAACUGUUUCCACAUACCUAACCUAACCCAUGACUAGAAAACCUUAGCUAAAUUUUAGCUGUUAACUUUUAGCCAAACCGACAAGUAUGAUUCCCACCUAUUUCACAUUAUCUGUUUACUGUGGUGUCAGAAACGCCAAGAUAGGAAGGCAGAGAGCACGUUCCGCACCGGAAAAGAGCAACUUUAUUUGAAGUACUUCGAAAUAAGUUGCUUCCGAGUUGAGUUUCACUGUUGCCAUUAGUGUUAACUUGUAUAGGCUGAGGUGGUCUAGAGAGUAUUUACAUCAUGGGAUUCUACCUCAAUCUUUUUCUCAUCCUGGUUUCUAUCCCUGCAAUUUUGGCUCAAGAAAUUAGAGUUACUAAAAUUGUAGUAGAUGGGACUGCAACAGUAGCUGAAACUGACGAUAACUUCGUCUGUGCAACUCUUGAUUGGUGGCCUCCAACAAAGUGCGACUACAACCAAUGUCCAUGGGGGAAUGCAUCUGUUACAAAAUUGGACUUGUCUCAUCCGAUACUUGCCAAAGCAAUCCAAGCUUUCAAGCAUAUGAGGAUAAGAAUUGGAGGAUCUUUGCAAGAUCAAGUAUUGUACAAUAUAGGAAAUUUGAAGUCUCCUUGCCAUCCAUUUCAAAAGAUGAAAGAUGGGUUAUUUGGAUUUUCAAAGGGUUGUUUAUACAUGAGGAGGUGGGAUGAGCUGAACCUUUUUUUCACCAAGACGGGGGCAAUUGUGACAUUUGGCUUAAAUGCACUUUAUGGAAGGCACAAGAUCAAGAGGGGUGUUUGGGGAGGAGAUUGGGACCCUAGUAACACAAAGGACUUGAUGGCGUAUACCAUUUCUAAAGGAUACCAAAUAGAUUCAUGGGAGUUUGGUAAUGAGUUGAGUGGAAGUGGCGUUGGUGCAAGUGUUGGUGCUGAACAGUACGGGAAGGACUUGAUCAAACUUAAGGAUGUAAUGAAUGAGUUGUAUAAGAAUUCCUCCUUGAAACCUUCACUUGUAGCACCUGGAGGAUUCUUUGAGCAGGAGUGGUACACUAAACUUCUUAAGGUUUCAGGUCCAAGCGUAAUCAAUGCCAUGACUCAUCAUAUAUACAAUUUAGGUGCAGGUGUUGACCCCAGUCUUGAAAGUAAGAUAUUGGACCCCUCUCACUUGAGCAAGAUAUCAGAUACAUUCAGCAAUCUUCACCAAAUUCUUCAAAAGCAUGGUCCUUGGGCUUCUGCAUGGGUUGGAGAAUCUGGUGGUGCAUAUAACAGUGGCGGUCGCCAUGUGUCUGACACAUUUGUAAACAGCUUCUGGUACUUAGAUCAGCUUGGAAUGGCAUCAAAAUACAAUACAACAGUAUACUGCCGGCAGUCUUUAGUUGGUGGGAACUAUGGUCUCCUCAACACAUCCACAUUUGUUCCCAGACCUGACUAUUACAGUGCACUUCUAUGGCAUCGACUUAUGGGGAAAGGCGUUCUUGCUGUUGAUACUGAUGCUUCAUCAUAUUUACGCUCUUAUGCCCAUUGUUCAAAAGGAAGGGCGGGUAUUACUUUACUGCUGAUUAAUUUAAGCAAUCAGACUGAUUUCAUAAUCGAGGUUGAGAAUCGUAUGAACGUAAAUUUUCAUGCAAAUGAGAAAAAAACUCAAGGUGAAGGAUCACUGAUGCAUAAUCUUAAGAGAACAGUUUCUUGGGUUGGAAGGAAAGCUUCAGAUGGACCAUUAUACAGAGAGGAGUACCACUUGACGCCAAAAGACGGCUACAUUCGCAGUGAAAUCUCCCUUCUAAAUGGAAUUCCAUUAAAGCUUACAGAUGAAGGAGAAAUCCCAAGGUUGGACCCUGUUCAUAAUGGCUUGAAUUCUCCAUUAUAUAUCGCACCAUUGUCUCUUGCUUUCAUAGUAUUUCCCAACUUUGAUGCUCCUGCUUGUGUAUAAUUCUUCUCUGCACUCUCUCUCUCUGGAGCUUCAUUUCACUAUGUCGUGUAUAACUGCAUGGCAUAGUGAUUAUGGCAAUUGUAAUUUGUAUGUUGUGAUGUGAUGUAUUUACAGCAAGUUGAAGUAUCUUGUACUGAGAAUAAAAACAAGAAAUUUAUGAUAGAAUAUGCAUUUUAAUUUUUA